AUGUCUCCAGCGCAUGCUACUCCUCAUCUAUCAAUAGGCUUCUCCCCUGUAUUGGAAAGGGUAGUUGAAGCGAUCUUAUUGAUCGCCUGGAUGGGGGUUGAACCACGUCUGACAUGUAUUAUUUGGCAGAUAACGCUGGCGUGGCUCAUGCGUAGAAAUGAGGAGAGGUCUAUGAAUAACUCUGCGCUACUAUAUAACUUGCAUCCCCGCUACCUGAUCGAGCCCAACGUCCCCAGUAAACUCUCGGUUUUGCCAUAUCUUCAGCUUCAUUUCUUCUUCGCGCUACAGAUGUGGUCGAAGCUGUUGUCAGCUGUACUCGUUUCCCUCGUCUUCCAGGGCACUCAAGCCCAGGUCGUCGCGCCCACCGGCACUCUUGCCAGCAUCCUUCCCGCCGCCACCGACCCUGCUUUUGGCGGCUUUGUCUCUGAUGGCGGCGCGGGCGGCAACAUCAACGGACAAAACCUCUUGACCCUCUCAGACCCGGCCGUCGUCAAUGCAGACGGCUCGGUCAACUUCCCCUCCGCUCAUACCGGCUACGCCAUCAUCGAUCCCACCAACCCCAGCCAGAUCACCAUCAUCGGGGACUACAGCGGUAGCAACCCCGACUUCUGGCACGGAACGCCCGACAACUCGGGUGCCGGCGGUGGCGUCAUCAACGUCCUGCCCGACGACAUCGACUGCAACGGAAAUGCCGAUUGUUUUUCUCCCGCCCCGCACACCGCCGCGAUCCCCAUUCCCGGGAACAGCACCGGCGCGCUCAACGUCUGGCCCGUUCAUCCCAACGAGGGCGACUACAUCUACAACACCAUGUUCGAGCUGAACGUGCAGGACCCGACCACACUCAACUCCCAGACUCAGCCGUUCAGCGGUCAGCGCACCGUUCCCGUGCUGUUCAACGUCUCGCAGGGCCACGCCGGCUACGGCAGCCGCGCUCUCACGUCUGGGCAGGGCGACGACGCAGCGAACCACUUCUACCUCUGGGAGGGCGACACCACUGGUCUCAAGGUCGCGCGUGCGCCGUGGGCGUCCCGCACGGACACCACGACGUGGGACUACUGGCACGGUGGCGACGGCUGGGUCACCAACCAGCCCCUCACGUACAACGGCGACGCGUACGGCAACGUGCUUAACCUCACCAACCAAAACCUCUUCUACGGCUGUGACGUCCGCUACAUCGACCGCUUCAACACGUUCAUCAUCACCUUUAGCGGUGGCGCCGACUACAGCCAGUACAUUGCCUACUCAACCUCGGGCGAUAUCACCGGGCCGUACUCCGACCCGGCGAUCCUGUUCAACCCCCAGCUCAACUCCGGCUGCGCAGGCAAGAGCGGCCUCCAGCUGACCGACUUCCCCCAAAUGCACUGGGAUUACUACGGCACUACCGCGAGCCAGACACUUGUCAGCUGGAUCUCGUGUGACUACUAUACCGACAUGGGUAUCGUGGAGUGGUCCUAA